AUGUGUCAGCCCUCCGAUGAGUCAGGAGCUGUUGCAACCCAAAGUCAAGAAAAACAGAACCAACAAUCCUCCGGCAACCCCCCCGAGGAAAUGCAUGUCAAGUUGAAUGAGGAUGGAAAUUUCUUGUCUUUUGCACCAAGACCGUCUCUGUUCUCAAGUGAGCAUCCUUCCAACAGCUAUCGUGGUUUCGUGAAUGUCCUCAUUAUCCUCCUUCUGAUGUCAAACUUGCGCAUUGUCAUCCAAAACUUGUACAAGUACGGGCUCUUGAUCAACCCCUGGCACAUUACUCACCUUGGCAAGAGCGACAACGUCUGUCUAGCUUUCUCACUUUGGUUCUACGUCUUUGUUGCCUAUGGCAUCGAGAAGCUGCAUGGUUACGUGUACAGUCCCAUCAUCAAGGCACUUCAUUGGACAAACGCCAUCGCCUCGUUCGUGGUUCCAUGGUAUGCGAUUUGGUACUUCCGCACAGACCCGAGUGGGGGUAUUAUCGUGUUGGUCUUUGCUACCACAGCAUUCAUGAAGAUUGUGUCGUUCUUCUUGGUUUGUGAUCGCCUGAGGGCAGAGGCAAAGAGCAAGGACAAGAAGUUCAAGCCGAAGCUUCGUCAACUGCUCUACUUCAUCGCCGCACCCACUCUCGUGUUUUCCCCAAGGUAUCCUCGGACAGCUAAGAUUCGAUGGGGAUGGGUGCUGAGAAGAAUCUGGGAGUUCAUCGGCAUCUGGGCUGGCAUCUACGUGGUUGCUCGUCAGUAUGUGAUGCCUGGGCUCAUGAACACGUUGGUGCCUCUGGAGAACGGAAGUUUCUUCCUCAUCGUCGAGGGGCUGCUCAAGAUCGCUGUGCCAAACUUUCUAAUCUGGAUCCUGGGGUUCUACUCCAUCUUCCACCUCUAUCUCAACAUUCUUGCGGAGCUGACUCGCUUCGGUGACCGUCAAUUCUACAAGGACUGGUGGAACUCAACAACUUUGGGUUAUUUCUGGAGAACUUGGAACCUCCCUGUACAUAGCUGGAUGGUCGAGCAUGUCUACAUGCCCUUGACCACUCGUGGAUGGAGAAAAUCGCCUGCGUCCAUCUUCAUCUUCAUAAUCUCUGCGAUUUUCCACGAGCUCAUCGUCAGCAUCCCGUUCUGGAACUUCAAGCUCCUUGCCUUCGGAGGAAUGAUGCUCCAGGUGCCAUUGAUUGAGUUGACCAAAUGCCUCAAGGGGAGUCAGACGGGUAACGUCAUUUUCUGGUUGUCAAUCAUGUUGGGACAGCCGCUGAUCGUCCUGCUGUACGCAAGAGACUACGCUCAAGGAUUGUAUGGCCCAUGGACUGAUGCUGACACGAAGACGGUUGGUAAGAUUUUGAAUGGAUUCCAAGAAGCCAUGGGAUGGAGUUUAGCCGCCAACCUCACUGUCGUCGCUCCUCCCUCAAUGCCUCCUUCUCCAACGGCUGUUCAUUGGAGAUUUCUUGACAGAUUUUACAAGUUCAUGCACUGA